GAACCGCCAGCAAAGUUAUUAAUCGACGCUGAUCGCAGAAAUUUGAAAGCAUGCAAGAGAAAUCAAAAGAAAACCCGAUCGUUUUCUUCGACAUAACCAUCGGUAACACAGUAGUUGGUCGCAUCAAGUUUGAACUGUUUGCUGAUGUUGUUCCAAGAACUGCUGAAAAUUUCAGACAGCUGUGUACGGGAGAGUACAGAAGAGAUGGAGUACCUAUUGGCUACAAAGGUUGUAUAUUCCACAGAAUCAUCAAAGACUUUAUGGUACAAGGUGGGGACUUUGUAAAUCAAGAUGGUACUGGUGUGGCCAGUAUUUAUGGUGGUACAUUUGCUGAUGAAAACUUCAAACAGAGUCACAGUGGACCAGGCAUGCUUUCUUUGGCUAACAGCGGUAAGGACAGUAAUGGCUGCCAAUUCUUUAUCACAUGUGCAGCCUGUGAUUUCCUGGACUGUAAACAUGUUGUAUUUGGGAAGGUGAUUGAUGGUCUGCUAGUUCUACGUAAGAUUGAAAAUGUACCGACAGGACCAAAUAACAAACCAAGGAUUGCGGUGAUCAUCUCAGAGUGUGGGGAAAUGUGACACAUCCCCAAAUCAAUGACACAAAUUGACGCAUUAACAGCGAGGCCACUAUGAACUGCGGGUACACGUGUAACAUGAAUUCGUCAGAAAUUUGUGAAGACAUUAGACAUUGACAUCAAGGCUGUAAGUCAAUCUCUGCCCACAACAUCACUUCUCUCAACCAUAAUGAAGAGAUGGAAGGAAAAUGUGAAGGCUUGGCCUUGUCUUUGUGACUCUCAAUCAUUUCCAGAAAGAAUUAUGUAGUGUAUAACACGUUAUGUGGAUACUUUCCUUCGUGGUUUGAAACCAUUUAGAUUGUUUCGUAGUACAAACUUAUGUGGAUAUCAUUUACUAACAAACAGUAGACACAUAUAUCAUUCUUAUUUUUUGUGUUUAUUUUUGCAGUCCAAUAGCAACCACGAAAAACACCAUGGCAUUGUUUAUACACAAUGAACAUUUCAUGUUAUACAGUACAAUGUAUUACUAUUAAAAAUAGAUUCUGAUAUUAAACCUCAUGUAGUCAUCAUGUAAAUGUCAGACUAGACCUUGAAAAAAAAGGUAAUUCUGUAUGGCAGGGGUUUUCUGAGGAAUGUUAACACGUUUUUUCUCAAAUUAAAUUAGUUCUGUCAUACAUUCAUUUGUAUCCAAUAAUUCUGUGCGUUAUAUUAUUGUCAGGAUUGUUGUAGCGUUUAUGACUUAAAAAAAUAGCAAGCCGCUCUGAAAAAAAUAAUUGGUAUAUACAUGUAUAUAUCACUGUCAAUGAAGUGCUAGGUGUAUGCACUUGAUGUUAUCACUAUCAAUGAAGUUAACUUGAAGAUAAAGGAUAUAGGUUUUGAAGGCAAUAUAUAUAACAAAAGAGGAAGAAUUGCAUCUACCAUAAGCAUAUUAAUUUCUUUUACCUUUCUCAAGAAAAUGCAUUCAAUCUUCAUAUAUUUAAUAUCAUUGUUUCAAUAAAAAACAUUUCAUAGACUAUAUUAACUUUCAUAUAUCAGCUUUGGUCUCAUAGACCAUCUAAAAAACCUUUUGGACACAGAGUUCAGUUUUCACAUUAAGGUUAUGAAAGUUUUUAUAUUAAGGAUGAACAUAAUAUGUUACACAUUUUCACUUUAUACUUUACAUUUCUGAAUUAUUACGUACUCUUUCCAUCAGUAAACUAAAAUUGAAUAUUUUUAUACUCUGACGACAAUUUCAUUAUGUUGAAUAAUAUAUUUCUAUUCAAAGCUGUCAAUGCCAGAUUUAUUUUGAUUUUUCAAGUCUGGGGGAUAAAUGAAUCAAUUUCUGUUAUUUUCUGUUUGUAUUUACGUUUACUUCGGAUUUAAUGUACCGAUCGUGAGAUUCAUAUUCUGUUUAUACCAAAAUCACUAAUAAAUACAAAAUGCUGUGCAACCAUCCAAAGUUUGAUGCGCAAAGGUGUAACAUAUGUUCAUACGAAAGUACAAUGUUUCACGUAUCGGGUUGAAUGAACUACUUUGGUGUACUGCCGUUGAUCUUAACUGACUUAGACAUUUAUGCAGGUAAUCUGUCCAUACUUAAACAUAAUUUUCAUAUGCUAAUUGUAAAGUGGGAUGUCUCUCCACCAUGUUUAUUAUAAAGUAAGCAUGAUGUACAUUUUUAAUGUAAUAAAUAAUAAAACAAUUA